AGCCUUCCUAGCCUGUGCCUCAGCUGCACCACCGCCGUACUGCACUGAGUUGUACAACGACGAACGCGAACCCCGAGCCGCAUAUCCACAUCCACUCGCCGCACUUUGCUACCGCAUCCUCCACGCUCGCUUGCGGCUGAUAUUCCUCCUCCAACUCCGUGCCGAAGCCGUAACCGUAGCCGUCGCUCGUAAAGGGUCGCCGUCGCCGCGCGCCUGCCAUCGCCAUGGCGGCCAACGACUACUACCACUCCUUCUCUCCCUCCGGCGCACACUCCCAACCCCACCCAUCACACUCACAUACCCUCGACGACUCGCCGCUGCCCCCAGUCCCGGGGCCCAACCACUCCACACAAUCCAUUUCUCCCGUCUCCUCGCCCUUCGACGACACCAAUCGCUACGACUAUCCUUCAACCACGAAGCUGACCUCCGCCGCCGCGCCAUACGGCGAUACAUCGUACCACGGCGCUGCGACACCACAGAGUUAUAGCAGUCGGUACGACCCGCCGGCGAAUCAUCCCCAGGGAGAUCCGUUCGCGGACCAGAACGCGAUUCCGCUGCAGAAUCAGGGGAAGAUGGGGGAAGGCGGUGCGGCUGCUGGGGUGUAUGGCGCAGAUCCAGAAGGGAGGUAUCCGGCACAUGAGAAGAGGAAGAAGAAGGGAUGGUUUAGUGGGAGGGUGACGUGGGUGGUGUAUAUUCUGACGACGGUACAAAUCGCCGUCUUCAUAGGGGAGAUAAUUAAGAAUGGCAUCUUGACAGGCUCCCCCAUCCAAACAAAACCAAACUUCAACAUCAUGAUCGGCCCGUCGCCCUACGUCCUCAUCAACAUGGGCGCCCGCUACCAGCCUUGCAUGCACUACAGCAAAACCGUCCUCGACAACCAGGUCAUGUUCUGGCCGUGCCCCAACACUACGACCACAGACGCCACCUGCUCCCUCUCCGAGCUCUGCGGCAUGGGCGGCGUCCCCGCCCAAGAUCCAGACCUCACCUGGGAAACCCGCCAUACCAAGGACAACCUCGAGCCCGACCAGUGGUGGCGCUUCAUCACGCCGAUAUUCCUGCAUGCGGGAAUUAUUCAUAUCGGCUUUAAUAUGCUGCUGCAGUUAACGCUGGGGAGGGAUAUCGAAAAGGAGAUCGGGCCGCUGCGAUUCACGCUUGUGUAUUUCAGCGCUGGAAUAUUCGGGUUCGUGCUGGGUGGGAACUACGCCGCUGAGGGAAUUGCUUCUGUGGGAGCCUCCGGCUCUCUCUUCGGCAUCCUCGCACUCGUCCUGCUCGACCUGCUUUACAACUGGAACUCGCGCCGCUCGCCGGUAAAAGACCUCCUCUUCCUGCUCCUCGACAUUGCUAUCUCCUUUGUUCUCGGCCUGCUCCCUGGUCUGGACAACUUCUCGCAUAUCGGCGGCUUCCUUAUGGGUCUCGUCCUCGGCAUUUGCUUACUACAUUCGCCUCAAGCACUGCGCGAGCGCAUCGGCGUCGACGAGCCACCCUACUCAACCGUGGACACACAACCCUUGAACUCCGGCGCUGCGCCGGGUCUGCAGAAGUUCGUCAAACAGCCCGUAGGCUUCUUCAAGGGCAGGAAGCCGUUCUGGUGGGUGUGGUGGGUUGUGCGCGCCGGAGCGCUCCUUUCCGUCUUCAUUGGAUUUAUUCUGCUGCUGAGGAACUUUUACGAGUGGAGGAAUGGUUGCAACUGGUGCAAGCACCUGACUUGCUUGGUAAGGAUCGCCGGAGGCACUUCGAGUGAAGACCAAGACAGAGCUAACGGGUAUGCAGCCUAUUACUACCGGCGGAGUAAACUGGUGCGAUAUCGGCAACCUGAAGCCGACUACGUCGACGCAGGCCGCUCCCGGACCCACCGCCACCGCGGCGUAGGCCGCAAGACUGCAAGCUUUUGCUCUUUCCCGCCCAUGAAAUAA